UGUUUUUGGUCAAAUUGGAAUUUGGUUGGCAUCAAUGUAUGUGGGAAUCCCAGCAGUUUGUGGUAUAUUCGUGGAUGAUGCCUUUGUGCUUGUUGAAAUUGACUUUGGCUCAAGUGGUCUACUUCAAGUGAGAGACACAUCAUUACUUUGCCAAGUUAGACCUGUGAACGGUGUCUCAGGAAGUGGUCCUUUGUGAUUUAUCAACUUGCAUAUGCAUUCUUAAUAAGAGAAAUUGACCAAAAUUUGAGGAACAUGUAUUUUGAUAAUAUUUGUGUUGCCAUGAUAGCGACUGGUCUGUUCAAAACAUGUAGGGGACAGUAGAGAAUAGUGGCAGUACUCUUAGGUAUAUAUAUAUUGAUGAAAAUUGAAUUCUGAUGUUAAAAAUUUGCCAACUUCAAGUAUUGACCAACAUAUCAUGCCAUUAGAUAUAAUACGUGGGUGAGUUAUUAGAUAGAUAUAAGAGAGACAUCAAAGACUAUAGGAAUUUGGUUGAUCACAGCUGGGGUAAGAGAGGCUGGAUCACCAAGCAUUACUAGUCGAAAUGAGGCAUCCAUGUCGUAUCAUAUCAUGGAAGCAAAAUUGAAACAUAAAAUCAUGCAGUUCUGCUUGUUAAAGUCAGUUUAGUGAAUCUUACGCAUGAAUCAAUAUAUGAUCCCCACAGAUAGAUAUGAGGUAACUUUAUCCACAAGACUAUAGUGAUUUUUGUCCCAGCACAUGCCUCCCACCACCAACAGAAUCAAAUUACACCUAGUAGCUUUUGUCUGUUGGGAUUUGAAUACAACAGAAUCAAAUUACACCUAGUAGUUUUUGUCUGUUGGGAUUUGAAUUCGAGUCGUUCGGUUCUAACUUUUUUCAUUGACACCCUUGGUUGCGUGAAUGACAAGUAAUUUCAAUAGACAAACUACUUCCUAUGUGUCUAAAAAUCAAGAAAUGGCCGACUAUUGAUUAAUUACUCACUACCCCAUUAAACUGUUUGUUUUCAUUUCAAUCUUUAAUGUUUUCCCGCCAUUUUCCGAGCUCCAAACUCAGUACUUUCCUCCCUUGUUUCCGUACCUUUGAACGUUUCUCUUCAAGAAAACCCCCCAAAUCACCUCAACUUAUCUACGCAAGCAACUUGAGGAUCAACACAUUGGCGAGGGGAGGCAAAAUUCAAUCUGCACGUAAGGUGUUCGAUGAAAUGUCACAAAGAGAUGUUGUUUCUUGGAAUUCGAUGAUUACAGCUUAUUGGCAAAACGGGUAUCUCAAUGAGUCAAAGAAACUCUUCGUAUCAAUGCCGGAGAGGACUAUAGUGUCGUGGAAUUCAAUGAUCGCGGGCUGUGUGGAAAACGAUUGCAUUGAUGAUGCUUAUAUGUAUUUUAGUACUAUGCCUGAACGGAAUAUUUCGUCAUGGAAUGCAAUGGUUUCAGGCUAUGUUAAGCAUGGUAUGGUGGAGGAAGCAGCAAGGUUGUUUAACGAGAUGCCAAAAAAGAAUGUCAUUUCGUAUACUGCAAUGAUCGAUGGGUAUAUGGAGAAAGGCGAGAUUGACAAGGCGAGAUCACUUUUUGAUCGUAUGCCACAAAAGAACGAGGUUUCAUGGACUGUGAUGAUUAGUGGUUAUGUAGAGAACGAGUGUUUCGAUGAGGCCAAGGAUUUGUUUCAGAAUAUGCCAGCUAAGAAUAAGAGUGUGGUUGCAAUGACAGCGAUGGCUGUUGGGUACUUCAAGGAGGGACGGGUGGAGGAAGGAAGGAUUUUGUUUGACAGAAUACUGUCUAAAGAUAGUGUUGCUUAUAAUGCCAUGAUUUCAGGUUACGCACAAAAUGGACGCAGCGAAGAGGCACUCAAGUUACUGGUAGAGAUGCUAAGGAUGUCUCUUCGACCAGAUCAAACUUCAUGUGCUUCAAUUCUUUCUGCAUGUGCUGCUCUUGCAUCUCCUGUAGCUGGUAGACAAACUCAUGCAAUUGUUGUUAAACUUGGGGCAGACUCCAAUGUCUCCGCAUGUAAUGCUCUGAUUACUAUGUAUAGCAAAUGUGGCAGCAUUUUUGAGUGUGAGUUGGCUUUUGAACUGAUCACGAGUCCAGACCUUGUUUCUUGGAAUACUAUAAUUACUGCCUUUGCACAACACGGGUUGUACGAGAAAGCAGUUGCAUUUUUGGAGCAAAUGGUUCUCAGAGGAUGUGAACCAGAUGGUAUAACAUUCCUCAGCUUAUUAUCUGCUUGUGCCCAUGCAGGGUUGGUUAGUCAGAGCGUUUCAUGGUUUGAUUCAAUGAUGAAAAACUACAAAAUCACUCCGAGACCUGAGCAUUACGCUUGUUUGAUUGAUAUACUUGGCCGAGCAGGUCAGCUGGACAAGGCUUACAACAUUAUCCAAGAAUUGCCUUUCGAAGCUGAUUUAGCUGCAUGGGGUGCCCUUCUUGCUGGCUGUCGUGCUCAUUCCAAUGUAGAACUGGGGAAGCUUGCUGGAGAGAAAGUCAUGGAAUUAGGUGGUGAUAGUUCAGGGCCUUACAUUAUGUUAUCCAACAUAUAUGCUGACGCGGGCAUGUGGGGAGAGGUCACACGAGUGAGAGGCUUGAUGAAAGAACAUGGCAUUCGAAAGCAACCGGCAUAUAGUUGGACAGAGAUCGAAAAUAAGGUGCAUUAUUUUCUGGGAGGGGAUAUCUCUCAUCCAAAUAUUCAAGAAAUUCGUACAGCACUCAAGCAGAUGAACUUGCAGAUGAAAUUCCAUGAGAAGGUCUUGGACUUCACCGAAUUUUACUUCCAGGAUGAACUGAAAUACACAUGUAAUUUGGACGCUCUAUGAAUGUUCAGGAUCACUACUAUGCUCAUUAAACACCGAGUUCUUGUCCAAGCCAGAUGAAAGCAUGCCAGAUGUACUUAGAUACCUGCUAUUGAUACACUUCGGGCAUGAGCAUUAUGAGCGAUUUUCAGGGAUGUGAUAAACAGUAUAGGUGAUCAGAGUUUAAACACCAGAGGCUGAAAGAUUUUGAAGGGUAAAUGGGAGCGGAUCUCCCAGUUUCAUCGCUAAUUGCUCAUAGAUGAUACAGAAACGGAGAGGGCGUUGGCCAUUGAUGGAGGAAGGAGAAGGGGAAAAAGGGACGCGGCAUAGUCAUUCGAAUACUGCAAUAUUCAGGUUGAUGUUAGAACUAUUAGUCUGUAAUUAGAACCCUAUUGUACUGUUGUUAGAACUUUACAUUAUUGGAUUUAUACUUUGCAAUGUGAUUUUAUUUUUUGGAA